AUGGCUGAGGAGUUUCAGGUGACAAUUAACCCCGAAAUUGAACCUGAAUUAUGUUUUUCGGCUUCCUCUCUCUCUUUACAUAUUUACAGCUCAAUGGUUGAGCUAAUGGAGAUUAUGAUGUGCAGUCCCUUGAUAGCGAUUCUGCUUAUAAUGACUCGGAAUAUAGAUUAUGUUAAGAACGGCCGAAGAUACCAUGUGUACCGUGAAGGCGAGUAUGCUCUGCCAAACGAUGAAGAAGAGCAAGGCCGGAUGGAUCUACUCCAUAAUAUUUAUAACUUAAUUCUUGAUGGCGAAAUCAACGUUGCCCCGAUCAAAAAUCCACAAAGAGUCUUGGAUAUUGGUGAAUAUUUCGAGAUACAAAGCUUCACUGUUGAUAUUUUUUCCGAUGACGGCUCGAUCGAAAAAGCACCUUAUACAAAACAGGUCGUUUCUCUUAUCCAAGAGGCGAGUGCCAAGUUUGGCAAACCUAUGGACAACUUGGAUACAUGGCCCGCUGCGAUGAAAGAGUCUGGCUUCACAGAUGUAGUCUGCAAGAUUGUGAAAGCGCCUUCGAGUCCCUGGGCUAAGGAUCCGAAACAAAAGGAGAUUGGCAGAUUUUUCCAGGCUCACUAA